AGGCGGUCCCAUACAGGAGGACUCUUUUGGGGGAAAAAAUAAUAAUUUGACUCUUUUAAGAAGUUUUACAGUAUUUUGUCUCCUCUCUGUGGGGAAAUUCUACAUUUUAUCGAAAAAAACAUGGCUUCUUCGGAUGUUGCUCGGCAACCGGAUAAGGGAGUCCGGCCUCUCUCCCUGGCAGGCCACGUGGGCUUUGACAGCCUCCCAGACCAGUUAGUCAACAAAUCCACCGAUCAGGGGUUCUGCUUCAACAUUCUCUGCAUCGGUGAAACUGGUAUCGGCAAGUCCACCCUGAUGGACACUCUGUUCAACACCAACUUUGAAAACUUUGUGUCGUCCCACUUUGAGCCUCAGGUGAAGCUGCGGGCUCAAACCUAUGACCUGCAGGAGAGUAACGUGCGACUACGCCUCACCGUGGUCAACACGGUGGGAUUCGGAGACCAAAUGAACAAACAGGAGAGCUAUCAGCCGGUGGUGGACUACAUUGACAGGCAGUUUGAGAGUUAUCUGCAGGAAGAGCUCAAAAUCAAGCGCUCCCUUUUCAACUACCACGACUCGCGAGUGCACGCCUGUCUGUAUUUUAUCUCCCCCUCAGGCCACUCCCUCAAGUCCCUGGACCUGGUCACCAUGAAGAAACUGGACAGCAAGGUGAACAUCAUCCCCGUCAUCGCCAAAGCAGACACGAUCAGUAAGAGUGAACUGCACAAGUUCAAGAUCAAGAUCAUGAGCGAGCUGGUGAGCAACGGCGUCCAGAUCUACCAGUUCCCCCUGGAUGACGAGACCGUCGCCAAGGUCAACACGGCUAUGAACGGCCAUCUGCCGUUUGCUGUAGUGGGCAGCACGGAAGAAGUGGCCGUGGGCAACAAGAUGGUGAAGGCACGUCAGUACCCCUGGGGGGUCGUCCAAGUGGAGAACGAGAGCCACUGCGACUUUGUGAAGCUGAGGGAGAUGCUGAUCUGCGUCAACAUGGAGGACCUAAGGGAACAGACGCACACUCGCCACUACGAGUUGUACAGACGCUGCAAGCUGGAGGAGAUGGGCUUCAAAGACACGGACCCGGAGUGCAAACCCGUCAGUCUGCAGCAGACCUACGAAGCCAAGCGUCACGAGUUCCUGGUGGAACUGCAGAGGAGAGAGGACGAGAUGCGGCAGAUGUUUGUGCAGAGGGUCAAGGAGAAGGAGGCGGAGCUUAAGGAUGCAGAGCGAGAGCUGCAGAGCCGCUUUGAGCAGCUGAAGCGCCUCCACGCCGAGGAGAAGUCGGCUCUGGAGGAGAAGAGGCGUCUCCUGGAGGAAGACCAGAGCUCCUUCGGCAAGAGACGCGCUGCCGCUCAGCUGCUGCAGGCCCAAAGCCUCACCGCCAACGGCAAGAAGGACAAAGACCGUAAGAAUUCUGGCUUCAUGUGAAGAAUUCAGGACAGAAACUCCAGUCUGACCAGCGACAUCAUUCCCAAAUCUUUGUGGCCAGUCUCAAACACUAACCUGAAGUGCCCCCCGCCAUCAUCAUCAUCUUCAUCACCACCAGCAACUCAUUAGUGUGUUCUAUGUGCCAAAGUUAAGACAAUACGUUUCAUGUGUACACUUUGUUUUUUUUGUUAAUCUAAUGUGUGGGUUUUAAACUUUCUUUUGUGUAUGUAUUCUUUUAUGAUAUUCUCCAUGAUACCCUCCUUUGUUUGUUUUAGAAGCGCGUGGUCGCUUGUGUGGGGUUAAUAAUGGACCUGUAAUGGUUUUAAUGGUACAUUCAUGUCUUUGAUAUUGUAAUCCAGUCACAAGCAGAGUGGCUGCUACACAACAACAGUAUUUUUACUAUUUUCAAUAGACAUCUUUGAUCAUUAAGUGUCAAUCAUCCUUAAAAUUAUCUUGUGUGCAUCAAUCUUUGAUCUGAUAUUUUAAUAACGAUAUAAACCUUUCAACAGUGUUUCAGAAAGCUACAAGCAAUGCCUCAGCAAGUUUUAACUUUUAACUAAGUUAUGUUUACUCAACUUUGAAAAUGUUACAGCAUAUUUACAUACGUAGCCUAUACUGUUGUGUUUCACUUGCUCUCCUUGUUUCUGCUGACAUGCACUUGUUUAAGUGUGCACAGCAGCGCUGACUCAUGGGGGAAGAAAAGUGGGAGGAGGAGACGCAGAACGAGAGGGAACAGUACUGUACUUUGAUGCACUCGUGUUUGGGACAAAAUCCCCAGACUCGCACCUCGUAGCAUUUGAACACAAGUCAGUGGUGCUGCUUUCUUAUCGUGACACUUUUAUACACUUACACUUGUGUUCCACAUGUGUUACACGUGCCUUAUGUGUGUCCAUCUUACUGUAGGAAAAGGAAACAAAAAACACUUUGUGCUUGUACACGCAGUGAAACACUGAUGCUUGAUGGAGGGAAACUUUUUAUAUUUGUACUACACUCGUAUUUAUGAAAUAAACAGUGUUACUCAGGA